CUGUGACAGUCUUUAGUUGAACAAUAUAAAACAUAAAUGGCGACAGACUGCACACGCGCACUCGCCAUAUCCUAAAGCCUAAAUUAGUUUAACAGUGGUAAUAAGUUCAUUUGACACUUCAUUUUCUUUUAACAAACUUAUAAAAUGUCGGAGGAAACUAUUAACAUAUUAUUCGUUUCAAAAGACGAUAAGUUUAGAAGUGUCAUUGCUCUUAAUAAAUUAAUGGAGAUAUGUAUAUCGUCGUCUACGAAGAUUUAUAUUGAAACUCGAGGUGUUGAUGUUGCUAAAUCAAAAGAUUCGUUUUGUCCUUUUGUAGAAGAAGGAAUGAAACAAAAUGGACUUUAUUUAAAAAGUCAACCACAGCAACUUACUAGAGAGGACUUUAAUAAUUUCGACUAUAUGUUCGCAUUCGACAAUUAUACUUAUGAGGCUUGUUUGGCCAUUAGAAAUUUUACGGUUGAGAAGACGGCCGAUACGAAAAUACUUGAUAGUUCUUUUGAAAUAUUUCGUACGUCUAAAGAACCUUUAACGUUACCGAAUCAGCCGAAUAAUUGUGACGAUUCGUUCGACGAAGAAAUCAAUGAACUUUGCAGAAUGAAGAAUCAACUUGAAAUGAGCACGAGAUCUGAUGAUGAAUUAUCAAAGGGAGAUAGCGAAUGGGAAAAUGAAAUAUCUACAAUAAGCUUUGGUGAGAGCCCCUAUUCUAGCGCGAAGAGUAUUGUUACAAUGGAAGAGGAUUUAUUCGAAGAUAUCGAAACUAUAUUGAAUUUAUUCGCCGAGAAUGACAAAUUAAAGAAGGCUAAAAACUCUGGUAGCCGUCUAAUAGAGGGGAAUAUUACCGCGUCUCCUCCCGCUAACGAUAUACAAUCGGAAAAUGAUAGAGAAGAAGAGGUGGUAAAUAAUUUGAGAACCAAUUCUGAUAAUGGCGACAAUUAUGUACGUUUUGUUGAUGCAAUAAAUGGAAUCGAUGGAAAAUCUAUGAUGGAAGGCGAUAGCUAUUCUGAUAAAAGCAACUGUUCAUUUGACGAUAAUGAUUACUGUACAAGAGCACUUUUAUGUCUCUUAACCGCUUACGAUAGUCCGGAUAUUCAAACUGAUGAUUUCGAAAUAUACGAAAGAAGUAAAGCGAUGGAUUCGGGUCAGGACACUUACGAAGUCAUUUCUCGUUGCUGCCUUAGAUUCUUUUAUACAACUUUAAGCGGAAAAAAAAUCAAUUUAUUGGAUUUUCCUCAAAGCUCAAACUGUUAAAAAGUUGGGGUAAGAAUUACAAAAAAAAGAGAAAUUAAAUGAAAAUAGGGAGUCGGAUUUAUAUAUGCAUACAUACAUACAUACAUACAUACAUGCAUACAUACUUGCGUACAUACAAACAGAGGAAAGUUUCUAAUACUCAAGUUCUUUACUUGACCGUUUUCUUUUUGUAAAGGAUAAACAAAAGAUAAUAAAAAAGGAAAACAAACAAACAAACAAAUAGAAAGUAUAGAUAUAAAAAAAAAAAACUAAAAAAAAAUAAAAUAAAAAAGGAUAAAAGAUUGAUAGAGAGAAGGAUGAAUAGUUUGAUAAAUAUUUCCCAUAUAAUGUAGUAUCAUUUUGCGUAAUUGUAUUUACAUAUAGAAAAUAUUGUUAGGGACUUUGUUCUUAUUGUAAAAUUACAAACAUCAAUGGAUUGUAUAUGAUUCUCCCUAGUCUUUUGAAGAUAAAGAUUUUUUUUAUAUGAUAUUCUUUUUUCAUUGAUAUAUAUAAAUAUAUAUACUGUAACUCUUACUGCAUUUACGGUUCUAGAUAUAUACAUAUGCAUAUACGCAUGCUUGGUGUGUCUUUUGUUUCGUACUAGGUGGUUGGUUAGUUAUGAAUAUUCAUCAAUUAAAAAUAUAACACAUACUGUACAAGUUUUUUAAAUAAAAAUAAUUAGUUGAAUUAUUAUUGAUAUCAUUUUCUCUCUUUUUCUCUCUUCCUAUAUCUCUCACUCUUUAUGG